AUAUAGUUCUGUACCGAGAGGUGUAUCUGGAGAGAGCUGUAGAACUACCCUGUAAUAUUACUCCAUCCUUACCUGCUGAUAGAACUACAUUGGUUCUCUGGUUUAAAAAUGAUUCUCUGACACCUUUCUACACAUAUGACAGAACGAAGAACUCGACAAAUCCGGUUCAUUGGACGGAUCCUAAAAUAGAAAUAGCUAACAGGAGUUUCUUCCAAACAAGCUCAGAAAUGGCCCACUUAGUGGUACAGGGUGUACAGCUAGAGGAUAUGUCAGAGUACAGAUGCAGAGUUGAUUUUGAACAACAACCCACUUUUAUUCAGACAGUUUUUCUUCGUGUCAUAGGAGACUCCACAUAG